GGUCUCGAACUUCUACAUGCAGAAUCGACAAUCAAAUAGUCCCUUGAGCUUUGUGUCUGGUAUUUCGUGCUGGAUUUCUCUUCAAAUCGCGAGAGUAUAAUUCAUGUCGGGCUAUGGUGAUUUCUCACGUCUGCCGUUGAGCGGAUGGCAAUCCAUUUCCAAGUUGAGCUGGCUUCGUUCAAUAAAGACGGAGAAAACUAUAUUGGUAGGCGAACCUCUAGUGAAAGAGCUGACCAAAGAUCCUCGGAGUCUCAAAAAGAAUGAUUUAGGUCGAAUCCGCAGCUUGGUAGUCUUGAAACAUACCAUUUCAAGCGAAAUUGGAAGGAUUCUGGAUUCUUUACUCCUUACAUCUGACCAGACAAUUCGCUUCAUGGGCAUCACGCUGAAGGAACAUUUGCCCUGCCAUACUCAUCUCCUUCGUCUUUGAGUUUACGAUGUUUAAACGUCUAUUUAAACUUUGCGGGAAUGUCAUGAAACUUCAAUAUGACACUGCCCCAAAACAAGUUCAUGGCCGGACGGACGGGACACAAAGACGGCCCUUUUUGUGUACUCCUUACUUGAUCUUAUGAUUAGUCACUGUGACUAUCGAGGUGUAAUUUAACGUUAUGAUGGAACGCUGUGAUUAUUAAGGGCAACUAGUGUGCCGAAAGGAACCUACCCUUCAAAUGAAUAGUUCUGCAAUAUCUUAUAAGAGGCAUCAUGCACGGGGUUGUCCUCUAUCAUCUCAAGUCCUUUGUGGCAGUUACUUUCAUUUGGCCACGCGCCGUUUUCCAAAAUUUCCACACUCUUUUGCAAAUUUCCUUUACGUUCUUUUUUUUUAUAGUGAAUCUGGAACCGAGGUGUAUCAACUCUCUUUUCCCAUUUCCCAUAUACCUUUCAUAACUCCUAUCUGCAAUUCGGAAUAACGUUCUCUACUCCAUUACCUCGAUAUGUACAUUUCAACACUUCUUACUGCCUUCCUGGCUAGCACAGUUGGCGCUUGGAUGCCAGGUGGUGAGAAAGAUCUCCGUUCAGAAGAUGGAGUAUCUCUCUUCAACCCAGAAGCGAAACAUCCCACAGCCCGUCGCUGGACUCCAGCAUCCGGCAAGAUUCGAGGUGUGAAUCUCGGAUCUCUUUUCGUCUUCGAGCCAUGGAUUGCUGAAACCGCAUGGUCAGCUAUGGGUUGCGGUCCAUACCAGUCUGAAUUCGAUUGCGUGGCUGGUUUGGGACAAGCAAAAGCUAAUGCUGCAUUUCAAAAUCAUUGGAAGACUUGGAUCAAUGCUAAUGAUAUUGCACAAAUGGCAAGCUUCGGUAUCAACACAAUUAGAAUCCCAGUCGGAUAUUGGAUGAUGGAAAGUUUGGUUUAUGCCGAUAGUGAACACUUUCCUCAAGGCGGUUUCCAGUAUCUUGAGAGUAUUUGCAACACGGCUGCUAAUGCCGGAUUCUUCAUCAUUAUCGAUAUGCAUGGAGCUCCUGGAGCGCAAGUUGCAAGUAAUCCGGAUUCAGGACAAUAUGCCUCGACUCCCGGUUUCUAUGCUGAUUAUCAAUAUGCUCGUGGAGUACAAUUCCUCUCUUGGCUCACAACAAAUAUUCACAAAAACCCUGCUUUCAGAAAUGUUGGCAUGAUUGGUAUUGUGAACGAACCAGUGCAAGAUGCUGGCCAGGCUGCGGGUAUGAUUUCGCAGUUUUAUCCCGCGGCAUACAAGGCCAUUCGAGCUGCUGAAUCAGCGGCAGGUGUACAGCCGAACAAUUUCUUGCAUGUUCAGGCUAUGGAUCAAGGAUGGGGCUCUGGAGAUCCAAACGCUGGACUGGCUGGGGGUGUUUCUUUGGCUUACGACGAGCACCGCUACCUUAAAUGGUCUAACGUGGCCGUCUCCCAAACCGCCUACCUCCAAUCUUCUUGCACAUAUAAUCCUAUUUCCAGCACCGGUGGCCCGACAGUCGUAGGAGAGUUUUCUCUUUCUCCUCCUGACAACGUACAAGAUACAGCGGGCUGGACGACAUCUACUCAAGGUGCAUUUUACAAAAAAUGGUUCGAGGCACAAGUCAUGGGAUAUGAGAAUCACGCAUUGGGAUGGAUUUUCUGGACUUGGAAGGCACAGUUGAAUGAUUACCGUUGGAGUUAUUUGGAUGCGGUAAACGCGGGAGUUAUUCCAAAGGAUUUGAAUAGUGUGGCUGGAAGUGGUGCUUGUAACGGUUUCUAGAGAGGAGAGAGUAAAAGAAAGGGGGAUACGGCGGAUUUUUUGAAUGGCGUUGGAAAGUUGAAAUCGUAUUCAAGGGGCGGGGUUGGUGCAUUUCGAGGGGAAGAAUUUUGCGAUCGCAUUUCCGUGUGAAAUAGCUUCAUGAUACUCCGUACAUCUUGAGUCGCUCGAAGUUUACAAAUUCUUGAUAAUAUCAUAAUCAUUGAUACCUUUUUAGUAAUUCAUACAACCAAUUCCAUUCAU